UGAUGCCCUCGAAAAUAGCAUAUAGAUGGAGUAAUCAUAGUUAGCUGGUCACCCGGUCACGCUGUCACGCUAAAGUUAUUUCUUCCCAGCAUAUACACAAAAUUGCGUCUGCUGUUUCAAACUUUGAAUAAAAUGGCAAGCACAGUUGUAGCAGCAGGCAUUGGUCUGGCAGCUGUUGGGUUUGCAGGUCGUUAUUUGCUCAGGAGAGUACCAAAUUUAUCGCAGAGAAUGGCAGAAACAAUAAAAAGGCUAGAUUCCCAGUCGCUAGCGAACAACAAGUAUUACAAGGGUGGUUUCGAGCCGAAGAUGACCAAGCGGGAAGCCAGUUUGAUCUUGAAUGUGUCACCCACGGCCAGUAAGGGCAAAGUAAAGGACCAAUUUAAUAAAAUAAUGUCUGUGAAUCAUCCAGAUCGGGGCGGUUCUCUAUAUAUCGCUACAAAAAUUAACGAGGCAAAAGAUUUGCUCAUGAAACAAUCGAAAAACGCAUCGUAGUUUGUAAUAUACAUUUGUAAUGUAUUUAGGGACAAAAUUUUAAUAUACAUAGUUAUAAUUCAAUCAUAUAUGGUAUUAUUUUCUCUAUAAUAAAUAUAAUUAUUUUUGGAACUGUACGUUUAGAAAAAUUAACUUUUUUUAAUACUUUUACUUAAGCAGUCAGUUUUCAAGAAAGUUUGUGCAUAAAUAGACACUGUGCAUAUGUAUAUAAAUUCAGAGUCAAUUCUAAUAAAAUAUUACAAGGAUGCUGUUUCUCACAG